AUGGAGGCUGAGCAUGUCGAAGAGGCACAGCGUGUGCAUCCGGGCUUUGUGACGGCGCUACUUGCCGGUGCAGCUUCGGGACUGUCGGUAGAUUUGCUGUUUUUCCCAGUUGACACGAUCAAAACACGUUUGCAAAGUGCUGAGGGAUUCUGGAGAAGCGGCGGCUUUGCGGGCGUGUAUCGCGGCAUGGGUAGCGUCGCUGUUGGCAGUGCGCCUGGUGCAUCGAUCUUUUUUGUCACAUAUGAAAUGUCUAAGUCCAUGCUUGCCCGCGUGAUCGAUCCCGACAACAGCAUGGAUGCGAAAAUCUCUUCCCCAGCCGUGCAUAUGGCUGCAGGCACAAUUGGUGAGAUGGCUGCCUGUAUGGUGCGUGUGCCGACGGAGGUUAUCAAGUCUCGGCAGCAGACCUCUGCGUAUGGUCGCAUAUCAUCUUUCCAUGCGUUCCGCCAUGUCGUUGCACAAGAAGGGGGCCGUGGGUUGUAUCGCGGCUACGGCAGCACAAUAUUCCGCGAGAUCCCCUUCACAUGCAUCCAAUUCCCCUUGUAUGAGUUCCUCAAGCAGCACAUGGCCGGCUAUAAACAUGAGCCUACAUGGUGGCAAGCUGCGAGCUCUGGCAGCAUAGCUGGUGCCGUCGCCGCGGCUGUCACAACACCGUUGGACGUGAUCAAGACGCGUAUCAUGCUUUCAAAAGUGACGCCUGGCACGCCCCAUGGCCCAAGCGCACGCAUUCUUCCUAUGCUGUCGCAUGUCAUACAAGAGGGUGGGAUUCGAGCGUUGUUCGCUGGUGUGGCGCCGCGCACACUCUGGAUCGGUGUUGGCGGCGCUGUGUUCCUGGGCACUUUUGAUGUUACGGCCAAACUCCUGGAAAGAUGCUAG